AUUAGAUGAGCGACCUCCUGCUCGCAGUAGUAGUGCAUGAAAAGAAAACUAAGACUAACCAAGCUUGAAAAUUUCCAUAUACCGCAGAGCUCACCCAGUUGAUUAUAAUUUGAGUUUUCACAACAUCCUUUCUCAAAUCAUGGCACAGGUGGCUGAGAAAGCUGCGUUGGUGGAAUGGAUCAAUGAUCUGGGGCUGGGUAGCGUUCGGCAGUUCAGCGAACUCGUGGACGGGGGAGUCGUGCGGCAGGUGGUGGCGAAGGUGACCGGGUGUCCGCGGCCCGUGAAAGACUUUGCAGACGCCAACCGUGCGAUCGCCGACGCACUAGGAGAUGAGCCUCGACGGCGGCUCUUCCGCGCCAGCGACCUGCGCGGCUUCGAAAAGCCAACGGAAGCCGCGCUGUUGCAGCUGCUGGGCUUCGUCCUGCUGGUGGCGGUGGAGUGCAGCGAAAAGAACACCUUCAUUGCCCGCAUCAUGAAGCUCUCCUCGAGCACGCAGCGCGUCAUAAUGCAGCUGAUCCAGAAGAUGCACGAGGGCGUCGAGCAACAGCAGGCGGCCGCCGCGUCCGCGCCCGGCACAUACGUUUUGGACGGGGAGGACCCCGGGGGGACCAGGGCGGCGCCUCGGCUCCAGCAAGGUGGUUCCUCCUCGAGCAGCAGUGGUGCCGCUACUUCUAGCGAGCAGCGGCAGCGCCAAGUGCUGGAGGAGCGCUGCGAGCAGCUGCAGAGGCAACUGGAGCAGGCCCGCACCGACCUGCGACGCACCGAGCGCGAGCGCGACGACGCGCUUCACGAAGUAGCGGUGGAACACGCGUCCGAGCGUGAACGGGACAAAACGCGAGCGCAGGACCGCGAGCAGGAGCUGCAGUCGCAGGUGACCACGCUGCGGGACGAGUGCGACCUGCUGCGCGCGCGGGUGGAGGAACUGCAAAAGGUGCAGAAGAAGUACGAGGCGCUUAAGAAGCAGCAGAGUGACAGCGAGGAUUGGCGCGAGAGGUUUGAGGAAAUGCGGCUGCUCUACGAAUCCACGAAGGACACCGCCGCCGGGGGUGCGUUGAGAUUUUUGUUUUCUUUACUACUGUGUGCUAUUAAUGGAUCUCAUGCCUGUGUUCCGGUCAGCAGCAUUUUCGCGCUUUCGAGCCGCGCAGGUUUUUUCAAGAAGUCGUAUUCUCGUCACAUAAAAAAACCCAGGACGUUCGGACGGCAUCGCGCAGCAGCUACGGGCCGACGUGGAAAAGUUGCGGGAACAAGUAAAGCGGGCCGAAGUGGAGCGGGCACGCGCAGAGGAAAAGUUGGUUCUCGCACAGAAAAAGCAACAAGACGUGGAGCAAAACCUACGAGAGAAUCAACUCGCGAAGGAAAUGCUCGAGACAGAGGUGCAGCCUGGUCGUGAAUUAUUUUUUACUAUGACAUGAACUUUUUUAGGAAAAAAAAUUGCGCCCUUAUUCAUUACCGACGAAUCAUGUGCUUUCACUUUUUUUCCUCAGGUCGAUAAAACGGCAAUGAGAACGUCGAAAAAAAUAAAGGUGACGCGCUUGCGGCAAGGAGAGGCUGGGGAAAGUAGUAGUAACGACGAGAGUCUCCAGCAAGAGGCGUUGCGGGACCAGCUGAAACGCUACCGAGCGCAGGUCGCAGCGCUGAAGCAGGCCCUUGAGAGCGUCAAGGCGCAACUGCUGGAAAACGAACAGCAGCUGCUCGAGAAGAAGGAGGGGACCAGAGCCGGGCAAGACGAGGACCCGAACAUAACAGCGCUGCAGGACAAGAAUGCCGAAUUGCAGAAAAAGCUGAUGGACGCCUACAAUCAGAGCGUGACGGAACGGGAGAAGGCACUGAAGGCCAUGGGUGACGCCGCCGAUUUGUCUUCGGCGCUGGCGAAAACCCAAGACCAGAACCGCGAGUAUGAGCAGAGAGUUGCGAAGUUCGAGAAACUCCUGCAGGACAAGGAGGGUAACGCGCAGGAUAAGGAGGGUGCGGCUGGGACGACCGUAUCACUCGUGGAGCACGCGGAUGCGCUGGACCUGCUGCGUAUGAAAGAAGACUAAAAGCAUUCAGUUGUCUGACUCUUCUACCUCUCUCGUCAGAACCCUUCUGUUGUUCUGCAUGGAUGCUGUUUCUGGGUAGAUCCCCAGCAAGAACAGCACAGCAUCUCUGUGAGUACACUGUUUUCAUCUCUCGGGCGUAAGGAUGCGAACUCACUUCUCUCCAUUUUGAAUUGUCGCUGUUUGUACCUUUUGGUUGGCAGGGAGAAUGGCUUGUCAGAGAGCGCCGGCGCUUUUAUCUCCCAUAGCACGCGAUCAACUGGAAUCCGAGCGGAAGCAGUGGCAACAGGAGCAGCAGCUCAUGGCGAGUACCUUUCACGAAGUUGGUUUGCGCUACCACCAACUCCUGUCUGAGUACAAGCACGUGCUGCGUGAAACAGGACGAGCGGACACGCUCUUUUCCACGGCCGCGUGACCUUUUCAUGCGUUUGCCCGUUGGAGGCUAGAUCGAAGUGCGCUAUAAGUACUAGUCGCGAUGAUCUAUUUGCAGAAAGCAUUUGUCCGGAAAAGUUUCGCUUUUUCAUAUGAUGCUCGAGAUACUUACGUGCAGG